AAAAAAAAUUACAGAAUAUCCCUUGUGUACAUGUUUCUACCCCAGUUCUUCAUCUCGGAGAGCUCAGUGUCAGCGAUGGAUGUGUUGCCGCAUGGCUGUGUAUGUGUGUAAAUGUGUACCUGUGAUGUGCUUCCACUACGGACAUCAGAUCUGAAACAUAAACACUAUAUUUAAAAAAGAGUUUCUACCAAUCAAAUAGAGUUAUCUUAGAUCUCGUACAUCUGGGAUUGUAUUUAUUUCCAUUGCGCUAUCAUGUGGAGUCUACUCACACUGAGCUUAAUCCUGCCAGGUCUGCUCGUGAGCCAUGUCCCUCCGAUACAGGGGAAGGAACUCGUGGUGUCGACACUUUUGAUUUCACCAUUCCUGAAGAAGAUUGAGACAACGGAGAAAGGGAAGACUGUAGUUCGCUAUGAGGGCUUCAUCCAUGACUUGUUGCAGAAAAUCUUCAACAUCACAGGCACACAGUUUAUCUACGCUGUCCGACAAGACAAGCGCUAUGGUCAGCAGCUGGAAAACGGCUCAUGGGAUGGAUUAAUCGGAGAUGUCUUAAAUAAGAAAGCAGACAUAGCAGCAGCGCCCCUAACGGAGACAUCCAAGCGUAGAUCUGUGGUGGAUUUCUCAACACCAUUCAUGUCAUUUGGUCCAGUUAUCAUAAUGAAGAGACCGACCAAGAAAGUCAUGACCUUAGAGGAGAGACUUCAGAGAUUAUUUCAACCUUUAUCAGACAGUGUCUGGCUGAUGUCCGGCCUCGCCUGGCUAGUGACCAGCGUUGUCCUUUACGUCAUCUGUCACUUCAACCCUUACGACUGGAGGCGACUGGCCAAAGAUAGACAGGCGUCGCUUAGGGAGGGCGAAUCCUUCACAUGUCUCAAUAGUUUCUUUUUCACAAUGAGCACAGUCUUGUGGCAAGGGUACACCAGGUCACCGAGGUCAGUGGGCGCCCGAGUUGUGGUCUGCUUCUGGUGGUUCUAUGUCCUUAUUUUCCUAGUAAUGUACAUCGCCAGUAUGACCAACUACCUGAGAGUUGGACCAACGCCCGCAAUCACAGAGACAUACGCGCACAUCCAGACCAUUGAAGAUUUGGUGAAUCAAGAUGAGAUGAACUACGGAGUCAUCAGCAGCGGAGCUACCAGAGUUUUUUUCGCGGAAUCUGAGCUUGAGGUUUUCAAGAAGGCCAACGAUAAAAUGACAAAAAGUAACACUUUUGUGAACAGCUUGGAGUCUGGGAUUGAGAGAGUUCGCAAAUUAAAGAAUUUCGCACUCAUAGCAGAAUCGGCGAUGGCCAAGUAUUAUACGAAACAAAAGCCUUGUGACAUCUAUAUGGUUGGAGACUUUACAACACUCGGUGUUUACUCCUUGGCCUUUCCGCUGAACUUCAAUCAAACUCUGGUCAGAGAAAUCAACAUGGCCAUUGUCAGAAUGCGAGAGUCUGGUGGGCUGAAAGCACUUGAAGACAAAUGGUUCUCCGGACAGUGCAAGGGCUUCCUUCUAGAGCAAGAGAGUAGUAGCAAGCUUCAGAUCCCGCCAUUUUACGAAGUUGACCUUGGAUCCUUUUCUGGAGCUCUGAUUUUAUUGGGACUUGGUCUGAUAUUAGGCAGCAUAGUGACAGCUCUAGAGAUUUGUUUAUUCAAAUUAGCUGAAUCUUCUGAGAAAGAGGAAGAAGAAAAUCAAGAAAAACUGAACGAGCCAAAACAUAUUCCCCUGGCAGCUGACAUGGAACCAAUUACUGAUGUCUGAUUAGUUUCUUGCCUUAGAAUUCUAGAGUAUCUUUAAAGUAUUUUUUUUUAUGUUUAGAAGUCUUUACACUUAGCCUAACUAUUUCAUUUUGAAUUAAUUAAUUUAAUUAAUUAUUUUAAAAAGUGUUUUAUUCUUUUUUUUCAUUUCAAUCACCAAAAUAAAUUCACUAAAUGUUCUUUACUAAAAUUAUAAGCUAUUACUUGUGACCAACACUAAAACAAUCAUUUAUAUGAGCUGCAAUACAUUUGUCAAUUGUGUUUAGUGUACGUUAUAUUACAGAAAAAGAAAAUUAAAGCUAAUAAUAGUUCUGGGUCUAAGUUUAAUUUUUUUUUCUUUGUCAUUGGUGUAUGUAUUAGUUGUCUGUGUGUGCAUGUCCUUUUUUUUUGUCUUCCCUGCCAUGAUUUUCAAAUCAAAGAAGUUCUAUUUAUUUUUUCACCUACUGUGUUUUAAGCACUCAUUUAUUUUUCUAAAUACACAUUGUACAUUUGCCUGCUAUUUCUGAAUACUUCAAACUAAAUGUCCAGUUUGUGUGAAAUAUUAACUAUUGUGAAAAAAAUAUUUAUCAAGUAAUUUUUUUGGUUUAGAAAUGGCAAAUUUAAAAUUAACAAUCUUUUGUUCUUGUUUUUUUUUUCAUCUUAUCUAAAAUGUAAUUUUGAGAAGCUAAUUGUUUACACUUAGAAAGUAGUGUGAGUGUUUUAAAUUAUUCUUGUACAUAAUUGUAUGAGUAUUUUAAGGUGUAUAUUACAAUAGUCUAAGCCAUUUGCCAGUGUGUCUGUGUGUGUGCGUGUAUGUUAACCAGUGUGUUAAUGAGGCUAUUGAAAUUUAAAAAAAAAAUGGUUUGAUUUUGUUUUUAUUUUUUACACAUUUUUGUAUGUUGUGCCCUUCAUGCUAAAUACUGUCAAAACAACUGAAUCACAAACUCUAAGGCCAUAUCACAAGGUCAUCAGGGCUCGGGAAAACCUUCCAACAAGGAACAGUACCAGGAAAAGAAGAGGAAACAUAAAAGAAAUCAAAGAUAAAAAACAGAGAGGAGUGGAAAAAGAGUGUCAACAGAUCUUGUGUGGCGCCCCAACAUGAUAUGUGAAGGAGAAGGUGAAAAAUGCAGUAGGAUGUCUGAAAGCUUUUCUAGAAGUUAUAAAUAGAUCAUAGUUUGUUUCCUAUCUCUAAAUUACAAAUUCAAUCUCAGAUCAAUACAUUCAAAAGACCUGUAAAAGUUAAGACCAAUGUUUGGACAUACUUUCAUGCAUGUGAUAAAAGAAUAAAAUUGAUUUUAAUACAAUUAAGAAUGGCUAAAUUUUUUAAAGUUUCUAAUAAUUAAAAGUUUUUUUAAUUUAUUUUUUUCAUUGCACAUUCAUUUUGAUUCUUAUAGUUGGUUUAUAUAGAUUGUCUAAUUGUAUUUGUUUGAAAUUUUUUCUUUUAAUGUUAUACUUGAUUUUUAUUUUACCUUUUAAAAUGUAUAGAUUCUCUAUAAAAAAAAAUUGUCUAAAUAUUGCCAAUUUUUAUUUUAUUAUUUUUUAAGUGAUGUGAUUACCUAGUUGUCAUUCUCCUUUAUCUUAUCUUAUGAAAUACAGACGUUACUUCACAAAAGACGAUGAUUACAUCCUACACGUGUUUCCUAGGUCAAUCUAGUCAUUUCUAUUAAUCAAUGACUUAAAUUCUGCCAAGUCACUGGUUUUCCUGGCUGACUCAGCCAACCCAUUCCAUGCUCUAAUAGCAUUAGGGAAGAAGGAGCAUUUAUACAAAAUGUGCCUUUAUUUUUGUGUCUCUCUAAAUAUUUUAUAGGUUUUGUAUUUUCCUUUAAAGUCUUCUAUCCUAAAUGGUUUCUAAAUAAAGUGAUUUGACUAAAGGUGUUAUUCUAAAUAGUGAUAUAGAUUGGAACCUAUUUUAAAAUUAGAAGUCUUUUCAUGUAACCUCAAACAGUUUUUAAUUCACUUGACUUCAAAUCUAAUACAGAGUUCAAUUUACAAAUAAAAAAUCAUCUUGGAAAGAUAAUGCAAGUGUCAGGUGAACAUACUUGCAGAUUACUUUUUUCCAAUUUGAUGCACAUAUAUGUGUCUGUUUCUUUGUCUCAUAGUGUCUCUGAACUACAACACUGAUAGUCAAGAAGUGAGUGUCUUCUGAGUGGUAGAGCUAUAAGUCUGGGGUGACUUGCAUUUAGAGCAAAAUUAUCUAAUUCUUUGAAAAAAUGUUUGUAGUCUAUAAGAUAGGACUAGAAUAUCAGCAGGACUUUAAAUCUAAAACCACUAACAUUUAAUAAGUACUUAUCUUUUUGCAAAUAAAGUUUUUUUCUGUUGCCAAAAUUGUUCAUUAACUCAGAGAUAACAAAAAAUGAAUUUUUCCUUGCAAGCUUUCAACCUCAAGAUUGGGUAAAAACAAAAAAAAAUUAAAUUGUAUCAAUCUGUGUAUUUUAUGAAUAGAUUUCAUGUCUUCCAUCAAGUUUCAUUUCCUUGUAUUAGAUUUGAAAUUUGUACAAUUUAAUACAUUCUGAAAGUUAUUAAAAAGAAAAAUGUAUUAAUUAGCUGUUUUAUUAAAGGUUUACAUUGAUUCACAAACAUAAAAUAAAAAGUCACUGGUUUGA